CUAUUAGUAGCUUUCUCGAUCAGAACACUCAGAAAUAAGACUACAGAACUUCUUUGAAUUUUAAUAGUGCUUAUGUUUUUCUGUAAUUGUUUUGUCUGUAAUUUAUUAUUUUUUAAAUACUAAUUUCGAAUACUUUGCUUUUAUUACAUAAUAUAUUUUCCUUUUCCUUGCACGAAAUACAACCGCGAUUCAGACAUUUCUUAAUGGAUUGAGAACUCAGACAUUCAAUAUCCUAAUAUAUGGCUAUUUAUACGCAUCAUGGAUUUGUACAAUGUAGAUAGAGUUACCGGCCUGAGCAUAUGAUUCUUCGAAUGGAUCCUCGAGUUACUACUGGAUUUACUUGACCUAUAUAAAGUUGUUACUGGUAUUCAAUCAGACAUCCAUUUAUCCGCUUAAUGACUAAAGUCUCUCGACUUACAAAGACCAGAUUCUGUUAUCAAAUAUCACAAUCAAAUUAUUAAUUCACAUCGGUGUUACAAAAUGAUCCUCUUAGCGCAGGAACAGCUUUAUUGAAUCAAAGUUCAAAUCAAGAGGUAUAGCUACAGAUCAAUUAGCCUAAGUUCUUGCGAUCGUUAAAAUUUCGUGUUGAUCAUAAAAAAAUAAGCGUUUAUGUACAUAUAUUAUUCUUGAAUUUAAUUUAUAAAAAAUUAGAAUACCAUUAUAAAAAACAGAAAAUAGAUGCACACAAAAUUAAUUUGUUAUUCGUAAUCAACAAGUGUCUCCUGCGAAAUUAAAUUUUUAAUUUUGGACGGAUGAUAUAUAUUUAAAAAGUUCUGAGUUUGACUAAUUUGUCGUAUAAAUAAUAGUUUUAAUUAUUUUUCUGAAACAACAGAAAAUUAAAAAAGUCAAGUUAUUGGAAAAAUUAGAAUGCAAACAACUUUCUCUGCUACAUUCUUAUCAGUCUAAAAUUAUAAAUGUAAUGAGUUUUCAAUUGUUCCCUUUUCUUCCCACUACUCGUUAUGUAGUACGAAAAUUAAUUAAUUUCUAUAGACUAUCGAUAUCACUCCACGUGUAGCAAUGAUAUCGACACUGCAUAUCAAAGUCAAAUGUAACAUAAAAAAUUCAACUCAUCUGACAGAGACCCGUGAUAUAUCGGAUAUUUUAAUUUUACCGAAGAGAAAUAUUAAUUUCUCUUUCGAGAAAGAAUUUUAAAUUUACUAGAGAGCUUUUUUUAUCAGAUAUUUGUACUCUUCAGUUCAUACGACUUUGGAAUUUUCAUUGGUAUGUAAUAUCGGGUGGCUUGCGCACACGUUGGCAUACGAUGCACGCGUUACACUGUAUCUAUAAUCCCUUAUAGUAAUGCACGUAGUGACCUCGAUGAGAGUGAGAUGCAGCAUCCGUGGAGGGCGGGGACGGGCUAAACUCAUUUGGUAUAAAGUCCACUAUCCCGAAGCCAGCAAAGCAUGCAGUCGUUAACGAGCACCGAGAUACCAGCAGCGGUGAGAUCGUCAUGUCUUACAAAAUUAUCGGCUAUUUCGCCGCCUUAUUGGUUGUCGUCCGCGCCGGGAUCGUUGGUCCGGGUGCAACUGCAGUAGCCGUCGCGCAACAGCCAGCUGCAACGGUUAUCAGAGCCGAAAACUAUGAUUCUCCUCGGUAUAGCUUUGAAUAUAGCGUGGCAGAUGGUCUCACUGGCGACAACAAGGCGCAGGAAGAGACUCGCAACGGCGACACAGUUCACGGAAGUUACAGCUUAAUCGAGCCCGACGGUACUCGGCGCAUCGUCUCCUACACGGCCGAUCCUAUCACCGGUUUUAACGCGGUUGUGCAGCGGAACCCCAGCAUCACUGUUAAAACCGCUGCUGUCACAGCAGCUGCACCCCUCGCUGCUGCAGCAACGGCGCGUCCCGUCGCCGUCGUAACGCCAUCCAUGAUUGCUGCAGCUGCGCCGGCAGCAGUUACAGUCCGCCCGCAGGUGAUUGUCGUGGGCGCGCCCUUACUGAGGCAGCCGUUCGUCUCCGGAUCCAUGCUAGCUGCGACGAACAUCGUCGCCGCGAAUUCGGGGCUAGUGGGUCAAGUUGGAGUGGACCUGGCAGUCAGAUCGGGAUCUCUCUACGGCGUCGCGAACGGUUAUGACAGUGACAGUGUCAUAAAAAUUCACUAAGCGAGCAGCGUGGUUCCGCCUCUCGAUUGACACUACUCGGCUUUCCUACGCGAUGCAAUCGGAAAUUAUCUCCAUCCAUCCUCCUCCUGCGCAUCACGUUCACCUUAUGCAUCUCGCAUCGUUUAUGAAGUAUGCAAGAAGCUAUGUCUGAGAAAUGUAGAUUAUAUGUACACAGGGAGAGAGAAUAUCGCUAUUAUCAUACUGAAACGCGAGAUGCUUCUAUGAAUAUCUCGAAAUAAAGUUCUUCGGUAAAGCCUUCGGUACUGCUUUCAAUUUCAGUAACAAUGACCUAUUGAUAGAAUUAGAGCACAAAAUGAAACAAUCAAACAUGAAAAAAACAUGGCAAAGUUAGAACUCGCUCAGAAAACGAAAAUAAAUUUAUUUCGAUA